GGACCCAGUCAAAUGAUAUUACCACUUCUGCGCCGCGACUAAAAACUUGGCUUUCAAUCCAUCCUCGUAUUUACCCCAAGAACCGCCGAGCAGGAUUGAGUUUAAUCACUUUCGAUACAGUAACAUCGACGACCCACAUCAUCCACACAGCGCACCUCUGCAACGCUACCCUACACGGGUCACUUGCCAUGUGAUUAGCAUUGUGUUUUAUCCAAUUCGAUAUUUCCGAUUAUGGCUUCGCGAGACGACAAGCUGGAUCCCGUUUGGGAUAACAUGGAUAGGUCCAUGGGGCAGCUCUUUAUGAUGGGCUUUGAUGGGACUACAGUCACACCCCAGAUUCGAGCUCUGAUCGAAAAGCAUCACCUAGGCUCAGUUCUCUUGACCGCCAAAAAUCUCAAAUCUGCCGAACAAACAGCUGCCUUGGUCUACGAGCUGCAGAAAAUUGCCCAUGAUGCAGGCCACCCGGUGCCUUUGGCUAUCGCCCUGGACCAAGAGAAUGGAGGCGUCAACAGCCUCUUUGAUGAAAUCUACAUUCGACAGUUCCCCAGCGCCAUGGGCCUCGCUGCCACAGGAUCCACCGAACUGGCGUACGAGGUCGGAAAAGCAACUGCACAGGAAUUGUCCUCGAUCGGAGUGAACUGGAUCCUCGGCCCCGUUUUGGAUGUGCUAACCAACGUACGAAAUCAACCAUUGGGCGUCAGAGCAUCCGGAGACGAUCCUCAAGAAGUCUCCAUGUACGGCGUUGCUUUUAUGAAGGGCUACCAGGAAGCCGGUCUUGUGACAUGCGGCAAGCAUUUCCCGUCCUAUGGAAAUCUUGAAUUUCUGGGAUCAGCGCUCGAUGUGCCGGUCAUUACAGAUUCCUUGGAGCAAUUGACGAUGAGCGCGCUGGUCCCAUUCCGCAAUGCCAUUGUGCAAGGUCUCGAUGCAAUGAUGGUAGGCGGCUGUGCCAUGUCUUCGGAAGGCAUGAAUGUAAUGCAUGCCUGCUUGUCUGACCGCGUGGUCGAUGAUCUUUUGCGCUCUGAUCUCGGGUUCAAUGGUGUCGUUGUGUCCGAAUGUCUCGAGAUGGAAGCUUUGAGUCACAACAUUGGUGUGCGAGGUGGCACCGUCAUGGCAGUCAAAGCUGGAUGUGAUGCCAUCUUGCUCUGCCGGUCUUUCUCUGUACAACAGGAAGCAAUCAACGGCUUAAAGCUGGGAGUGGACAAUGGCAUGAUCUCCGAGAAGCGUAUUUAUGAGUCCUUACGACGCAUCCUCGCGAUGAAGGCAAAAUCCACUUCUUGGGAGAAAGCACUGAAUCCUCCUGGACUAGGCCUUCUCUCAACUCUUCAACCUUCGCACACAAGCCUGUCUACAAAAGCCUAUAAUAGUUCAAUUACGGUGGUUCGUGACAAGAAUCAUUUCAUUCCUUUAUCUAACAUCCUGGAGCCCGAGGAGGAAUUGCUUCUUCUGACACCGCUGGUGAAACCCCUUCCAGCAUCUGCGCAGUCCCGUGAACUGUCGGAUCAUGCAGUGAUGGCAUCGCCAGAGCCAGCCGUCUGGGAGCGCAGUGCGUCUGUCAUGAGCGGCGAGAGCGUCUUUCGAGAACUGGGCAGAUCCUUGGCUCGGCAGCGAAGCGGACGCGUGUUGCAUACCUCUUACACGGCUAAUGGGGUACGCCCAGUUCAUGAAGAUCUCAUCAGCCGCGCAGGUGCCGUCAUUAUCCUCACAGCGGAUGCAAACCGCAACCUUUACCAAAAUGGCUUCACCAAACACAUUUCAAUGAUUUGUAACAUGCAGGAAUCAAACGGCGGCGAGAAACGUGAGAAGCCGCUUAUUGUGGUUUCUGUGAGCUCGCCUUACGACUUUGCCAUGGAUCCUUCUAUUGGCACCUAUGUCUGCACUUACGAUUUUACAGAGACUGCCUUGACUGCCUUGGUCAAGGUGCUUUAUGGAGAAAUCAAUCCCAGCGGCGCCCUUCCCGGCACCAUCAGCCAGAGCCAGAAACUGCAUCUGUCGCGUCAACACUGGCUCGUAGAAAAUUGGAAUGAAGAGCGAGAUGCCAACUCGCUCGAUGGACUCAUCGAAGCUUGUGUGGACGGAGGCUCAGGUCAUCGGUCAGAGCUUGCCAACACGACUUCAAAUUCGUUUCUCUUGCACAAUCCUGAUAUUGAUGAGGCACAUUUUGUGGUCCGCAACAGUAGCACCAAGGCUCUCUACGGGUUCUGCUCGACCUACUUUUUCCGCAGUACAGGGACCGGCGUGAUCGGCUCUCUUUUCGUUGACCCCGCGCGAAGAAAGCUCUCCAUCGGCCAUUCCCUGCAUAACCGCGCAAUCCGCACCCUUUUGCAGCGGGAAGGAAUUAAGCGCUUUCAGUUGGGGUCCAGGCUCCCCAACAUCUUUCUAGGCAUCCCCUCUGGCAGCUCGGUGGAGAAGAAGCGAUUACGACAAUGGUUUGCCAACAUGGGCUGGAACACAGCCCUUUCACGGCCGGUGUGCAGCAUGGCUAUUCGCAACCUUAGUACAUGGUCUGCACCCGAGGGGCUCGCAAGAAGCCUGGCAGGCGCAGGAGUAGAAUUCGACAUGGUCUUUGGAUGGGAUUAUGCCGAGAAUAUCUUGGAUCAUAUACGCACAAACACAAGACAGGGAGUGGCGGAAAUGUAUCGACUGGCGUUGGCCGACCAGAAAAAUUGCGGAAUCAUCCGCGCGAAACGACCUGAAGAUGGCGCCGUGCUUGGAAGUGUCAUUAUUUACAACGACCAUUCAGCUCUUGCAGAAUUCGUCCCCUCGCUACGAGAUACUCACGAGACUACUGGGGGCAUUUCCUCCCCGGUGAUAUCACCGUCGGUUGGCGAGUAUUCGACCCUUUUGCAAGGUCUCAUAUUACUAGGUGUCCGGCAGCUCAAAGCACAAGGAUGUAAUACUUGCAUUCUCGAUCAUAUCGACGGUGAUGGAAAUUUUGAUAGCCUUUCUGCGAUUGGCUUCCAUGUCUUACACAGCUUUGAAGAAGUCACGUGCGAUGCAGCAACGUGGACCAUGGUACCACCGUCGUGAAACCAACGGAUGUGCACCAAAAGAGGAAUCCUCAAGAAAACAGCUGUGGUUGACAAGAUGAAUAAAAAUGUUCGUUGCACCCGUCGACAUUAAAGGGUUUCGAAGAGAUUAAAUGGCGCGCGCAAAGGAGACGAAGGGUGGAGU